AUGAAUAACUCCUCAAAAGACAAGAAAUCGGAUAGCGCAAACAAUCUCACCGUAUAUAAGGACCAGAGACAUUCGAAAGUAAUUACUUUCAAAGCAACCUUUCUGAAGAAUAACAAGGAAAAGACCCGUAUGAUCAAAGCAUCAGAAGCAACUAUCUUUGAUAAACUACCUUUGAUCCAGCUCGCAAAUUCUGAAGGUAGGUCAGACCAAGAAAAUGGAACAUUAGAGCAAGCAAAACCAGCCAAAAUAGAAAAAUGUAAGAAAUCUGAGAUUGUUGACUUGACCGAAGAGAAGGCUUUUGAUCAAGUGAAGGUAGAGGAAGAAACUCAAUCGACACGCAGCUCACAGAAGUUGAAUAAAGAUCAAUUGACCUCCACUCCGAAGAGACUUGAGAAAGAAAGCCAGUCACCUCCUAUGACGCUGAAUGCGAAGGAAAAAACCAAACCGGAUAGACCAACCUCACCAAUUCCUACUGCACGAAAUUCGAAGAAAGCACGUCAACCCCCUCCUACCAAAUGGAGAUCAAAGAAACCAAACCAAUCAACCACUACUCUCUAG